AUGGACCCUCGAUUUGAUUGGGCAACUCAAGUCCCUCCAAUUCCUUUUGCUCAGCAACAACAUGCUGACAGGGACUCUUCAAACUCCAUCUCCAACCUCCAAAAUCUGGUAAUAGUGCGUCUCGACGGAAAUAAUUUUAAGGGAAAUAUUCCGGAUGGUUUUGGCGCACUUAAGCAGCUCGAGUUCUUAAGCCUGAGCAGGAAUCAACUCACCGGCAAAAUCCCAUCCACAUGGGCCCUCAACUCACGCAUCACCGAUUUUCUCAUCAAUGAUAACCAAAUAUCUGGGAAUAUUCCAUCCGAUCUAGGGAAUCUCAAGGAACUGCGUCUUUUUUAUCUCGAUAUUAGCAACAACCAUUUGAGCGGAAAAAUCCCUGGGGAGGUCGGGCAACUAACAACACUCCAGUUUCUUCAUCUGUCACAUAAUAAAUUGGCGGGGAAUGUUCCAGAGGAAAUCGGGAAUCUGAAUCGCUUGCUGAGCUUGAACUUGGGCUAUAACCGUUUAAAAGGUGAAGUACCGGAUUCAAUUGGCAACUUGAAUAGUGCCGAGUAUUUGAUAGACCUGAGUAAUAAUUUGCUGUCGGGGGCCAUCAAGCCGUCAUUUGGAGGGCUGACCAACUUGGAAAGGCUGGACCUGUCGCGCAACAAAUUUACGGGCACAAUUCCAGCAAAUGUGUGCGAAAUGGUUGCUAUAAUCGAUAUCGAUUUUUCUAGCAACAAGUUUUCGGGAGUGGUGCCCAAGCCGGAUGUCUGGUGGUAA